AAUGAGCUGAGAAGAAUACUGUUCCCUAUCGAAGAAGUGGGUUCUCUCAGUAGCGUGGCGGAGGGCAAUACCGGUUCGAUUUAUCAUCUCUUGGCAGUGUCGUGGAGCUGUGCUAUCCAGUGGUUAGUCAUUGAUACAUACAAGACUUUUAGGAAGGACUACGAACGGUACAACAAUACGGCAGUAGAUAUAUCUCCGAUUUUAUUCAACAAGAUAGAAGAAACAAAAUUAAAUACGGACGAUCACGAUCGGAUCAAGAAAGGAAGAAAUGUCGUUUCGACAAAGGACGCUUUUAUGCGUCAUCUUGAUCAUCGUCACAGCACAAUGUCAAAAAAAUAAAAAGGAAGAAGAUAAAAAAGACGAAGAAUUCACAUGCCCGGAAGGUCAGGGAAAUGGGAAUUUCGCUGAUCCUGCAACUUGUAGAAGAUUUUAUCAGUGUGUAGAUGGAUAUCCGUACUUAAAUAGGUGUCCUUCGGGAUUACACUUUGACGAUAUCAGCAAAUUUUGCACUUUCAAGAAUGAAGCUCGUUGUGGACCUAUUGCUGCGACUCCACCUCCCGUAACGGAUCCUCCAACGGAUCUUGCCGAAAGAUGUGAUACAGCAAAUUGUCAGCUUCCAUAUUGUUUCUGUUCACGCGAUGGAACGCUUAUACCUGGUGGUCUUCAACCGGAAGAGACGCCACAGAUGAUAAUAAUGACAUUUGAUGGAGCGAUAAAUCAUAAUAAUUUUGAUCAUUAUCAAAAGAUUUUUACACAAGAUCGAUUAAAUCCAAACAACUGUCCAUUGAAAGGUACCUUUUUCAUCUCUCAUGAGUAUUGUAAUUAUAAUAUGGUACAAAGUCUAGCGCACGAUGGUCAUGAAAUAGCUACGGAAACAAUAUCGCUUCAAAAAGGAUUAGAAGAUAAAGGUUACGAAGAAUGGGUCGGUGAAAUGAUUGGAAUGCGAGAAAUUCUCAAGCAUUUUAGUAACAUUUCAGCGAAUGAAAUCGUUGGUAUGCGAGGACCUUAUUUGAAACCUGGUCGAAAUACUCAAUACAAAGUAUUAGAAGAUUUUGGUUAUAUAUAUGAUAGUAGUAUCGGAAUUUCACCUCUAAAAACACCUAUAUGGCCAUACACUCUUGAUUACAAAAUACCUCAUGAAUGUAAAGCUGGUACCUGUCCCACUAAAUCAUUUCCAGGAGUAUGGGAAUUACCCCUAAAUGCACAUUAUGUUGAGAGUUAUGAAGGUGGACAUUGUCCUUAUCUGGAUCAAUGUGUCUUACAUAAUCAUGAUCCUGAAGAAGUAUUUGACUGGUUACAAGAAGACUUCAAUAGAUAUUAUGAACAAAAUAGAGCACCAUAUAUGAUGCCAUUUCAUACUAAUUGGUUUCAAAUAAAGGAACUUGAAAGAGGACUUUCUAAAUUUCUUGAUUGGGCAGUAACAUUACCAGACGUUUACUUUGUGACUGCUACACAAGCAUUAACUUGGAUAACUGAUCCAAAACCAGUUAAAUCUUUAAAUAAUUUUGAAGGUUGGUCAUGUAAGAAAAAAGAAAAUAUUCCUGGACCACCAUGUAAUAAUCCAAAUAAAUGUGCUUUGGACUUUAAGCCUCCAGAAUCCAACUUCACUACAACUAGGUAUUUGGAGACAUGUAGAGAAUGCCCUUAUAAAUACCCCUGGUUGGGAGAUGCAAAAGGUACUGGAUUAUACAACGAUAAUUAUAAUCCUGAAAAAAAGUAAAUUUUUAUUGCUAAAUAAAUUAGGUGUAAUAUUAUGAUUGUCAGUUAA